CACGAGAGCUAAAUACAUAGCGCCAGCAUGUUUCACCUCUUUCGUCCCUCUCCUAUGCCAUUGCUUCUCUCACACCUCUCACACCUCCAGCCAUGAAGCCGCGGAUACCUCUCCGCGCCGCCCUCUCCCUCCCGAUAUGUCCACGGUCGUCCUAUGUCUGCGGAUCCCUCUUCACCGGCGUCUUCAAUGGCGUGAAUCCAGCUGAACGAAGUAAUUUCAGCUCUGGGAUACGGUGGAGAAUCGAGGGACGGUCACUUGAUGAUAGCUCCAACGCUACACCCGCGGAUCAGCUCAAUAGUAAGGUUACCGGGGAAGAGCAGCUGGACUACGAUAAGAGAGUGGCAGCAGACAAGGGGAAGCAGAUACGAACACCAUGGAUGCGAGAAGGGUCAGAUCAGCCGCCUGUGGCUAGGCAGAGGAAUGCCGGGGCAAUGACGAAGGGGAAACUUCUCACCACCCCCUCCCGCAUGCUUAAGCUCAUCCUACCACUCACGACUAUGGACGCCAAUUCCGACCGCAGAGACGUCGAGCCCUUAGCACUCCUUGUGCACCCGUCACAACCCCUUUCAUACCUCGAGCGCCUCAUUCAGUCUGAGCUCCCGACCAUCAAAAAGGGCGAUAAAGAGAAGAUACCAAAUGUCUACUUCCGCGCCGAGGACUCAAAUCAAGAGACGGAGGAGUCGGAAAACCCAGGCUCUAAGAAGACUCCCGUGCAUCAACACGGUGCCGCGCCCACGGAAGCAGACGACGCGGAAUUUGAAGCCUCAGACGAAACCAAAAUUGAUGGCAAGCUCGAAAAAACUGGGAAAUUGAACAGGAAGUCGCCUGAAGAAGCGGAUGCCCUACGCGGUGGUAAAGGCCAGGGUGGCGUCGAGUCCUACUCCGGUUUGGGCCGUGAAGCCCCCACGACUGGCGAGGAAGAGCGCAAAUUCGUACGGUGGUCUAGCUCGACUGAGAUUGGGGACUUCAUCCGCGACGCGGCGAGGGGGCAGGAAUUUGCGGUGGAGAUUGAGGGCGCGCCGAAUGAUAUCAGGGUUGGGGUUCCCAGCUUCAACGAUCGCACGUAUUAUCUGCGGAUGCGUUUAAGAAAUACAAGCGGCAAGAUUUCGAAGAUGGCGGAUGUCAAGAAAGAAUGCGACGCAAUUGCUCACCGGGGCGCGCAGAGAGUAGCCAUGGGCGGAUUUGGCAUUCUGUGUGGGUGGUGGUAUCUUGUGUAUCGGUUGACCUUUGAGACAGAUCUGGGGUGGGAUGUUAUGGAACCUGUUACGUACCUCGUCGGUCUCUCAACCGUCAUCGGCGCGUACAUCUGGUUCCUCUACCACAAUCGCGAAGUCUCAUACCAAUCCGCCAUGAAAUUCACCAUUUCGAAGCGCCAAAGCAAACUCUACGCCCUCAAAGGCUUCGAUCUUCGGAAAUGGGAGACCUUAAUCGAAGAUGGCAAUGCACUGAGAGCGGAGAUCAAGAAGAUCGCGGCCGAGUACGAUGUUGAGUGGGAUGAGCUCGAAGAUGAAAAAGACAAGAAGGUCACUGAGGCUUUGAAAAAGGAUCGUGUGAAAAAAGAGAAUGGAGGUGGUGAUAAGAAGGAUAAGAAAGAUGAUGAGAACGAGGACUGAAUGGACCUUCUGAGUAUAUUAUGCUGAUACCCGGAGAAUUUACUUGCGUAUAUAUGUGCAUUGGGCAGCG